UGGUUGGGGUCUUUUUGCUGUAUUUGCUUAUUUUUCUGCAACAACCCAUAUAUUAGGUUCACAUAUAAUUUUUUCAGAAAUUUCGGGUAAUUGGUCUGGAUUUCCUGUUGAAAAAGUAGCUUUAGUGACUUCAUUUAUUUUUUUUAUAGGAAAACGCCUUCUAUAUGUACACAUUUAA